AUGAUUUGUCUUCAAUACACCAUUCUGUAAAUCAUGGGCUGAAGGAAGAGUUUCUUUAAAAAAUGUCACAAAGCUUACAUUCAGCUACACAUAAAUACUCCUCGCUCGUCUUUUUGAGGUAAAAUCUUACACAAAUAUGCGUCUGUCAAAUCAGUUUUUAUGACGAAGAGUAAACCGUGCAAGUCUAGUAUACGCGUAGAUACAACGUUGUACUAUCUCAAAGAAAUUAACCAAGUGAAACUUUCCAUUGUCGUGCCAUCAUCCAGCUUGCAAAUCCACAACAUAUCCCUCUCUACAUAUUUAGUCAUUAUAAGCAAUAAGCACGAAUAAGUUUGUGCUGGUUUGUGACCAGUUGAUCAAAGUGUAAAAAUAUGAAAAUGGGGCAUUAUUGUCGUGACAAACUCAUAUCCGGUUGAACCAAGGAUAUUGCACUGGAGUGUCGCUGCUGAUCCGUAUAUGCUAACAUUGGACCAAUAAUAAGAUAGGAAACAGAAGACAGUUAAACGAUCCGCGUUUGAAGGAAUACCUCAAUUAGAAACCUCUGCGCUAAAUCCAACAAGAACAAGUGUCCGUGUAAUCAAGAACCUGUGCUGGAUGGAAAUGGAAUCUCUACUCCAAUUGAAGUAAAGUGAAUGUAGGAAAAUAUUUAGUUGCCUAUGCGAACAUCAUCUCACACCAGAACGUGAAUAUUUUCCGAAAUUGUGUGUAAUUCAUGGCAAUCCGAGCUGUGCUGCAUUUGCUUUUCUCAAAAACUGCAAAGCCGUGCAAUGUAAAGGGAUGAAUUGGGACUGCCCUCAGGGGAGUUGUUCUGAACGGAAGCAGCAGAUCUGAUAAGAGCAUUUUACUUAACAUUGCAGAGUUUUUCUUCACCAGAUUUACACACGGAGUGCAAAAUGUACGCUGCACUUUUCUCAUUUUCUCUGAUUUAAUUGACCAAGACAAAGCAGAUUAAAACUCCGUCUGACUCACCACAAGGAAAACUAGUGGACGCUACCAAACCAAACCUGCGUCGAGAUAUCCAAACUCCGAAUCGCUCUACAGCAGAAAGAGACCAGCAUUGUGACCAUGGUCCAAUUUCAGACAACAAUAUUACCUAUAAUUUUGCAUUACUCGCAAAAAUAACAAUGGACAAUUAUUAGCCAAGUUCCGUGCUCAUUCGAUUCGUGAGUCAUGCUAUUUAUUAGUGGUGCAAAGCAUCACUAAAUUAAAUGUUGAACUUACUGAAGAUUAGUUUUAUCUAGUGCGGUUAUACAUUUGGCAUUGAACACACCGUGCAAAUUGUUCCUCGGUUGCUGGUCAGACGACAUUGACAAUCCAAGUUUCGUGGGUUUGUCAAGUGGUUAUUGAGUGUGACAUUUAACUGAACUUUUGGGUGUACAAUAUUUCCGGAGUUUCCUCAGAAUCAAACUGUAAAUAAAUGUUAACACCAUUUCGCUUGUAAACCCGACCAAGAUUUGUCAUUACAUAGUGCAAGAAAUAUCUCGUGAUUAUUUCUGCUUCUUUUUCGCACUUUGUAUGAGAGCAGAGUCAAGAUUAUUAUUAUUCGGAGAAUACUCCAUUAGUGUUCAGUGUGCUUUGCCAGUGUUCAAUGUGGACACAUUUAUUAACAUGUAUGGGCUGAAGGUCAAAAAGACACAGAAAUACGUUUAAAGUGUUAACAAAUCUUAUGUAGUAAAUAAUGGAUGACUUGAAAUUAUUAAUCAUGGAGUGGGACUGCAGACUAAGAAUGACGAAAAGGUUAAACGUGACAAGCUUGCGGCCACUGCCUCGAAGGACCUUUGUGCUAUCUGUGAUAUUAGUCGUUAGCAGUUUACUAAGUUCUGGACAGACUUUCUAUUUGGAUUGUGACCAAGUUCAGGGAGCUGGUCAUUGCGAAUGCACAAAAUUGGAGCAGUACAGUGUCGACUGUCCAAGCAAUCAAAGCAUUUAUCCCAUCCAACUGAAAUUGUACAACAUUGGGAAUCCGAAUGAAGCAUUUCUGGAAGUCACCUGCAACUCCGGAACCAUGGAACAACCCGUCGAAUUCCAGUGGGAGCAAGUGCAAGGGGUUGAUUUGUCGGAAGACCGAAUCUCUGCCAAAGUUGUGAAGCUAUCUCUGAAUAGAUGCCCCGCUACUUCGAAUGGUCUGAAGGGACUUCUGAGUCGAGUGAACAUUACUUCAAGCAAUGUGCAGCGCUUCACAAUUAUUUACAGUGACACGAAAGCAAUUCCAGAAAACUACAUUUCUGAAUUUCCCAACCUAGAAGUUUUGAAUCUCAGUCAGAAUCAAUUGGAAGAACUUCCCGACUUGUCACUCCUUCCAAAUUUGGUGGAAUUGAACCUUCGGAACAACAAGAUUAAAACGAUUAAGUCUGAUGCAUUUAGCUCAAACACGAAACUCAAGAGGAUCGUACUGUCCCACAAUGAGAUCGAGCUUAUCCCACCAAAAGCAUUCCCCAAUUCGCUAGAGUUUUUGGAUAUUUCUGGCAGAAAACUAACCACUUUGACCUCUCAGUCGCUUUCGAAUCUAAGCAAUUUGCAGCGUUUGAUAAUUGAAGGGGCCCCACUGCGAAAUGCCGACCCUGAAAGUUUCGACAAUCUCACGAGUGUGAAAGAAAUUUUCUUGAACCAGGCACAAUUUUCCGUUUUUCCUACCUUGAAAAAUCUCCCUUUACUGGCCAACCUGUCAAUUAAUUGGAUUCGACUGGACCAACAGCCAUUGACGCUGAACAACCUGCCAGCAUUAACCAUGUUGAAAGCAAGGGACAGUCGAUUCACGGAUCUGCCCACCCUUUCAAACGUUACAAACCUGAGAAAUAUUGACCUGUCUAGAAACAGGAUCCAAAAUUUAUCGAGAGCUUUUUUUGCUCAACUCCCUGCUCUGGACAUGCUGGACUUAUCGGGCAAUAGGAUUUCCGAACUCGUCGAAAUUCGAAGCCCUAAUCUUGUGAAGCUGUCCAUUCAAAAUAACGCAAUCACGAGCUUGCAGAAAAAUAUUUUUGCACAUCUGGGGAAAUUGGAAGAGUUGCUACUAUCAGACAACAAGAUUCGGGAUGUGGAUUACAAUGCAUUUGAAAAUCAAGGAGAGUUGAAACGGCUGGAUUUAUCUCAUAAUGAAAUAUCCUUCUCAAAUUCUCCCUUCAAAAACGUACCAAACUUGGACGGUUUAGGAGAUUUCUCUGCAAACUCAUUCAUCAAUAAAUGCACGCGACUCGAGUACUUGAAUCUCUCCCACAACCAAUUCGACAAAAUAUAUGACGACUGGAAAAACGUCUUCACCAUGUUGGAAGAGCUGGAUCUGAGCUACAAUAAAAUUAAGCAACUCAGCGUCGUGGACCUUCAAUUCAUUUCCGUCAAGAAACUGCAGCUAAAUAUUUCACAUAAUGAAAUUACAAAAUUUAAUUUUAUGAGUUCCUGGAUUUUUGAAGAAAAUGAUCACUCAUCCAUAGACAUCUAUAUUGAUGGAAAUCCCAUCGUUUGCGACUGCUUUGCGUACCUUGUUAAAAGCCAUUCUUCCAAAUCUCACCGCCUCCAUUUGGACAACCUAUUUUGUGCAAAUCCUCCCCCUUUGCAGAGAAUGCAACUCUUGAGAGUUCUAGACCACGAGUUGUUGUGUCAAUUGGAACAAAGCAAAUGCCCUACCGAUGACUGUACUUGUUGGCAACGACCUGCGGACACAACUAUUGUGGUUAAUUGCUCCAAUCUUCAUCUUGAAAGCAAGCAAUUGCCAGUGUUCAAUUGGUCCCUUCAAAACCAGUUCAACAAUUGGGGAAUCGCGUUCGAUUUUUCUAGGAAUGAGAUCAAGGAGUUGGACAUUGGAUAUGUUUCUGGUCUGAUUCUGCCUGAAAGAGUUAAAUAUGUCGACUUGUCAAGGAAUCGUUUGGAAUCUAUCGGUUUCAUGAAUGCCGUGAAAGACAAUUCUAAUCUUAACUUUUCCUUGUCGUAUAAUCCAUUUUCAUGCGAAAGUUGUUCUGAUUUUGUCGUAAUUUGGGCGACACAAUCGUCACAUAUUGUGGAUAGCGAGAAUCUCACUUGCUUUAAACGUGACAAUGAUCAAGAUAUUCAACUAACUGUGCACAAUCUGUCGGAGCUGUUGGAAGACUGUAACGUAGCCCUGAACACUACCGGAAUUCGAGUCUUGAUAAUUUGCGUGGUCAUUUUCGCAACAAUAUGCAUCGUGAUGAUCAUUUUCAUGGUUCGUUAUUCCUGGGUCAUCAAAGCCUUCUUGUUCUCCAAGGGGUGGGGCUGUUGCCUGUUUUGGGAUAGCGACUCGGAGGAAGAUGAUCAAGAGAAGCUCUAUGAUGCAUUUGUAUCAUACUCACACAAAGAUGAAGACUGGGUUGUCGACGAGUUGGUCAAUCGCCUCGAAACAGAAGAAGGGUUUAAGCUAUGCUUACAUUUCCGAGAUUGGACACCUGGUGAUUGGAUCCCGGAUCAAAUUGUUCGAUCCGUAGACCAGUCGAAGCGAACCGUUGUGAUUCUCUCCAAGAAUUUUGUUGAGAGCGUUUGGUCGCGUCUGGAAUUUAAAGCAGCGCAUGCUCAGGCACUUAGUCAAGGGUCUAAUCGAGUAAUUUUGGUUCUCAUCGAGGACGGAAUGAAUGACAAGGACGUUCAAGAUGACGACUUGAAAGUGUACAUGAAGAUGAACACAUAUCUUAAAUGGAGUGACCCCUGGUUCUGGCACAAACUUAAAUACGCUCUUCCCCACCGAAAGGGCAAACAGGAAGAAAAUAUCAACGUUUUGAAAAAGAUGCAGCAGAGGGAAAAAGCCAGAGAACUGGACAAAAUUAGAACAAAGUUGGAACAAGUGGUCUGAUACUUUAAAGGGGUAAAUAUAUAAUACAAUAAGAAUAAUACGACAGAAAAAAUCUCGUAUAAUUCCAGUGGUCUGAAAUCAGGUGGUUUUAAUACACUUGCGGCGUAACAUUUAGUCGCAAGUUCAUCUGAUUCUAGUUUGCUCAAGAAUCAAUAUUCCUCAAAUCUAGUACAAAGAUAAUUGUUGUUGUGAUUGUUAAUUGUCUUAUAUUUGUUAUGUUUUACG